UGUAGCUCUAUCCAUUCUCCGGGAACAUAUCGACCAAUUCGACUUGAUCAUGGUGGAUGCCAACAUGUUUGAAAUGGACUACCUUCAAUUCAUCAAGUCCACUCAACUCAUCAAAAAGACAAACCAAUUAUUUUGAUGUCUCAGAGGUGACGAUUGAAAUGAUAAAAGAAGCAUCAACACUAGGGAUAUGCUUCAUUUAUGAGAAGUCACUCAUCUCAUCAUUGAAACUCAAAGAUAUAUGGAAGCAUGUGAGGUGGCACGAUAAAAAGGAAAAUGAGGAAUCACAACACUACAACGCUAAACAAGUUAAUUUAAUGGUCAACAUAUCUUGUCCUACAAAGAUGCAGGACUUAAAGGGAAAAAGCAAAGAGAAUUGCUCGGUGACUUAUCAAGAUCAAGAGGUAGAUUCUUUAAUGGAAAAAGAUGCGGCGAAAAGGUCUAAGAGAAUGAGAAGUACGAAUGAGGACACACAAGUUAAACAUAGUGUUUCUUCAGAAAAAGAGGAGAAACAUUCUUUUCUUUCGAAAAUAAGUACAGAAAGACCAGAAAAGAAAAGACGAAACAUGAAAUGGACAGCAGAGCUUGAGAAGAAAUUAGAUGAAGUUGUUCGCGAGUUAGCAGACAAAGGUAAGUGUUCAAAAAUUUCGUUUUUAUCCCGGCAUAGAGAAAUAGAAAAAAUAAGAAUGGUGUUUAAGAAAGAUCUUAAGUAGAUAUUUUCUUAAUGUUCACAAUUUUACUAUUAAAUUCUUAUUAGUUGUCUUACCAUGUUGAUUUAGCUGGUCCUAAAAAUGUGCUACAGAGGAUGUGUGUGUAGGAUUUGACUAAUGAGUGUCUCACCUACCGUCUAAAGGUAUCCAUGUAUAAAAAAAUAUUUGUGAUUCAAAGUUUUGUAAA